AAGAGAGAAGGAACUCUUAAACUUUAAUGAUAAUUUAGAUACUACCAACCUUAACUCAGAUUCUGAACACAAACCUGAUGUUAGAAGUAGCAGUCUCUCUUGUCUCAGAGACACUAGUAAUGCAAGACUAAGAAGUAGCUAUAGCUUUAGUGUAGAAUUUGAUAAUUAG